CCAUUAUAAAUACCACUCCCCUUCAAUACUUUUUUCCCCAAAACCAAAACCCUAAUUUAACAAAUCUCUCAAAUUACAUUCAAAAUUUCUCUACAAUUAACAUGGCCGGAACCUUAACUAACUCCGCCGGAGCAACCUCUUUCCUGUUCCUCAACAACCACCGCUCAUCCACAGCAAAUUCAACCAAAUCGACCUCAAAUUUGCACAUCCGAAACCGCAACGGUAACAGUUUGAAAGCAUCGCUUCAUGCUGUGAUCGAUGAGCCACUGGUUGAAUCUACGAGAUCGAUGAGUUUGUAUGAUGUUUUGUGUGUGAAGAGAGAUGCUACGGCUUGUGAGAUUAAAUCUGCGUACCGGAGUUUAGCGAAGCGGUAUCAUCCGGACACUUCCGGUUUGAAUGGAAACGGUGAUCGUGAUUUUAUUGAGAUUCGGAAUGCUUAUGUUACGUUGUUUGAUCCGAUGUCACGAGCUUUGUAUGAUUUGAAGUUGAGUGCUGGAUUUGAACGGCGAUCGGGAGUGUGUAAUGGUGCCGGAGUUUACGCCGGACGGCGGUGGGAGACUGAUCAGUGUUGGUAGAUUUAAGUAGAGAACGGAUGUAUGUAAAUUGUGUGACUCUCUUUUUGGGCUUUGUAAAUUUGGUCAUUAAUAUUAUUUACUCUUGCCCCA